CCCCUCUGCGUGUUUCUAUAGUAAUUUCCAGCCAAUGAUCAGUAGGUGUCCACAUCCCCGCGUCUCCACCUCAGCACCAAUCAGCCACACACAGCGACAAGCAGCAAGCAGCAAGCAGGCGAGGCGGAGAGACGCGCGCAUACCUGCUCCACAAAGCUCCACAAAGCCCGGGAUCAGCACGCACAGCGACUCCCUCCCCUCCAACGAGCGACUCUCGUUAUUAACAACAACAACAAAAUCACCGUUUAUGCGUGCACUUUUUGGGUUUGGUUGGUGUUUUUUGUUUUGUUUGUAAGAAAGUCGCUACCAACAAAAAGAUGGCUCUUUUGUUUUGAGCGCGUUUUGGAGUCUGCGCGUCUCUCCUUCCCCUCUUUUUUUUUUCUUUCUUUCAUUCUUUUUUCCCUCUCCUCUACCACCUCCACGCCGCGAUCCACACAUCUCUCAGCGGUAAUGAGCGUGUGCACAGCCGCAGGCUGCUAGCGCCUCGGGAGCUGCUCUCAACGGGAACCUGCACCAGACAAGAUAGUUCAGGAUGGUACGACGCUGUUGGUAAGCAGCUGGAGUUCGACAAAGGCCAGAGUCACCUCGCUUGGACUCCCCCUCCCCCCCGUCCCUAACCGCCGACAAGCUCUCCUCAGCCAUGGCUAACCUAAGCAGUGCGCUUUGCAUUGAAAACGGACAAAACGUGGACGUGUCGCUCUUACAAAAGGAUAAUCUUCAGGACGGUGGAUUAAGCCAUCUUUUGGAUUAUAACGCCGAAAUGGAAAGGUACCGAUCUUUUGCGAACUUUUACAAAACCAACGGGGCGUUCCCACAAACUGCCAAAAUCGCCCGCAUCACGACGCCCAUUUUCCCCAGUGCCAGGAUUGGCAUGUCCCCUUGGAACUGCGAUAACGCCAUGCUUUGGGGGAGGAAAUCAGCGGCAAUAAACCCUAAUAGGACCAGCAUGCAUAGAAAUGACUCCCAGAGGCCGGGUAAGCCUGGCGUGCCGCCAGAGACGCUGCAAAUGGCAAAUAAUAAUUUCCUCUCUACCUUAUCCCCCGAACACUGCAGACCUUUAGCAGGAGAAUGCAUGAACAAGCUGAAAUGCGGCGCUGCCGAAGCAGAGAUAAUGAAUCUCCCUGAACGCGUUGGAACUUUUUCAGCUAUACCGGCUUUAGGGGGCAUCUCAUUACCUCCCGGGGUCAUCGUCAUGACAGCCCUUCACUCCCCCGCAGCCUCGGCAGCCGUUACAGACAGUGCGUUUCAAAUUGCCAAUCUGGCAGACUGCCCGCAGAAUAAUUCCUCGGCAUCGAGUGGAAACCCGGCAAAGAAGAAGAGGAAAAGGUGCGGGGUCUGUGCGCCCUGCAGGCGGCUAAUCAACUGUGGUGUCUGCAGCAGUUGUCGGAACCGCAAAACGGGCCACCAGAUCUGCAAGUUUAGGAAAUGCGAGGAGCUGAAGAAGAAGCCGGGCUCGUCGCUCGAGAGGACGCCGGUCACUAAUGGCGAAGCGUUCCGGUGGUUCUUCUAGAGACGCCAGCCGCCGUCGUCCAUCACCCGGCAGGAGGUCGCGAUCAACCGUGGACCGUCCGCUCGGAGCACGUGACCCAAAGCGCCCCAAAAAAAACCACACACACACACACACACACACACACCACGUGGAUCGGAGGACGGAAUACAAAGUGGACAUAACGGACGAGACAGCGAGUUGACAAAAACAUACUGGAUGUUGUUUCUUUUCUGUGUAAUUAUUGUACCUUUUGACAGUAUCAUAAUGUAUAUUUUUGGUGUCUUAUGAAUGUUUUCAGUGUUUGCGGCCGGGCGGCAAUGGGCCGCCGCCGAGCUUGUGUAAAGAAAGGACUAGAAAAAGGACAAUCUUUUUGGAACCUCGCAGAAUCCGUCCCGACGGGUGGGGGGAGGGUGAUUGACGAUAAACGCAACACACUUUACUCUGGAGCAAUAAUUAUUCAACCUUCCUUUUCCGCAUAUCUCUUCUUUCACUACCCAGGAAUCAUCCGGAAGCCAUUUAAGCACCAACCUUUUUUUCAUCGAUGAGGCAAGAAUGGCAUUCCCCCCCCCCACACACACACAAUUUUUUUUAAGAUUUGUGAUGACUCGCCACAAUACAGGGCACAUUGUCUUGUGUGGUGGGUUGCACUUUAAAAAAAAAAAAAUGAGCAUUUAUUUCACUGGAGAGAUAUUGAUGGAGGAGUUUGGAGGAGUAUUUAAAAGAAGAAAAAAAAAAAACGAUGGAUGUCAGCGACGGUAACGUCAAUAAACCCUUUCCUGUUUGACACCAAUGAAAGUACACUUAUACAUAUUGAACAUAUCAGGUGUUGUUCUGGAGCUGCAGGGGGUCUUAUCCCCCCAAAAUGACCCAAUAAGGCUCAAUUUACACUGCAGGUCCAAGUGCACAAUUCCGAAGCAAAGCCUAUAUCCCAUUUUUGGAAUAUUUCCAUGCAGAUUUCAAGUGACUCUGAUAUUGGCUGAUGAAACACUUAAAUAACUCCACAAGCAUCAAUAUGGAAGUAACCAAUAAUACGUAAAUAAUAAUAAACUUUAAUUUUCAGUUAAUCCACGAGCUGCUGUCCGCAAUUAUUAUGCUUAUUUAGUGAUGGACACACCGCUAAUGUAGCCUAUGUACACCAUAUUUAAUUGGCUCUGCUUUCUCUGUGGUUUAUGUCUGUUUAUUUGCGGUGUUUGGGCCGACGCAGGUGUGUACACGUUACCAAUCGCCCUCUAAUAGGCUAAUAUAAAAGUAGUAAUUGAUGACAAGGAAGUAUUGUUGCUAUGAUAACUUCCGUCUAGGAGACUCACGUCUUUGUAUGUCUGGGAGGAGCUAAGUUUAGCCUGGGUCGUUAGCAGAAGUUAGUCUUCGGUGGAUGUGCACGUACGCACGCACAUUUUCGAGUUUAAUUCGACUGCAAGCCAUUUCUUUUCAAGGGUAAUCUAAGAUGAGUUAGAAUUAUUAUUAUUAUUUUUUUUACCAUAGUUUGAUAUAUUUCCAGUUUAAACUAUUAAUAUAGGCAAUUUAAAAAAGAAUAUGGGAUGGUGUUAAUGACUUUUUUUUUUUUUUUUUUUUUUGCUAUUCACCGUUGGGCUACAUCUAAAUACCCUACUCUACACUGACUACCUUCGCCGAUUAUGGGGAACACAAUUUUUGUUGCGUUAGGUCUGACAGCUGUUUUUAACAAAUUUUUGGGUGCGGAAUCUAAAACUGAUCUCAAGUUUUUUAACGAUAGGAUCUCCGUUUUCUUAAAACAUAUGAAAAAUGUAUGAAUCUAUGUAAAUAAAACACUAAGAUGGAAUAGUUACAAGCUUUGAAAACUAAAAAAAAAAACAGCAUAAAAUAAAAUAGAAUUGACAACGGUAUGCCCAUGGUUACAAGGUUGAGAAAAGCCAGCACAAAUCCUCUUAAUUCCUACUAUGCUAGCUUUCUGUAUGCAGAUAUUGAUAGUACUGACCUAUUGGGAGUUGCACACACCUCUCACCGCACUGUCUCAAUUGCGACUGCACAAACAAGUUGCCACGUAGCUGUCGAUGAGUCCAAUCGUAAUCAAACUGUCUUACUCCAGCUAAUCAGUGAAAUUUUGCUUAUCUGGAGGGUAAACUUGACGUGCUAGAAAAAAACUGACUGCAAUUUAGGAAUCAGCAUGCCAAUUUUAGUUUUAAUCAGCAUAAAAAUCUAACUCAACAGAAUGUCUUUUUUUUUCCAAAUUGUUCCCCAGUGUUUCCUCUACAGCUGUAAUGUAACAUUUCGACCAUGUUUCGCUAUGCUUUUGCUGUUUGCAUUUACAGCAGGUGUUUGUUUUAUUAUUUAUGUUGUCUGGGCAGGUGCGGACGCGUAAACAUCGCCAAUCGGUGUGUUUCGAUGACAGCAAGCUCGCGUUGACGGGAAUAUCUGAUCUGUGCGUUUAUGCCGCACUCGCAUCAGUACAUAUCGGAUACGUAUCCAAUUCUUAUCAACAAUUUUUUGAGGUUCGAUUCCAAGGUGUGGGGAGUUUCCUCUUUCCGCUGUCAUGACACGCUUCUGAAUUGUGCUACAAAUCGGAAUUGUGACUUGAACCCAGCAGUGUGAAUCUUGCCUAUAGGUUCGUCAUUGUCCUGAACCCUGUUGUUGCAUGUGCAAAUGUGUUUUUUCCGUUUUAAAGACGACUUAAAAAUUUGUAUAUUGUUGUUGUGAUGCUUUUAUGUGUUCUAAUAAAAUAACUUCAAGUACG